GGUGUUUCUUCGGCAUAAAGUAUUUGCAAAAUUAAUGUUGUUGUAAUGGAGAUAGUCAAAAUAGUAAAACAGCUUAUAAUAAAUUUCAAACCAUCUCCACAGUACAAAUUUAUCUUAUGUCUAUAACUUCUACUCUUCGUUAAAGGACAUUCUUCUGUGGGACCUUAUAAAAUGAAAAUUGAUAUAAUGCAACAAGUUGUUUUUAUUUCAUAUAAUUCAAUAAAUAAUAAAUACAUCUUUCAGGAUUUUUUCUUAAUAUAAUAUAAAUUUCAUUCCUAUAUGUUUAAUAAUAAAAUUAAAGGAAAGAAAUUUGUCUAGUUAUUUAAGUUACUGAUAACGGGUUUAGGUUAAAACCGAAAGCUGUUAAAAUCAACAAAUAUUCAUAGGAAAAAAUAAUCUGUACCUAAGUUAAUGUAUAUUUCAGUAAUCAGAGAGAAAGAACAAUAAUAAUGAAUUAUUAUUAUAUGGAAUACAUUCACAUGAAUAUCUAAUACAGCAUAUGUGAAUGUUUAUUGAAGUACACAUUUACAAUAUAUUUUCAUAGAAGAUAAGAAAGGAAUGAAUAGAACUAAAAAUACAUUUGUUGUUGUUUUAUAAUGGUUUCUCAACUUUUCAUUGAUAUAAGGUAUAAACAGAAAUUAAAAUGGCAGUUGAUAUAGUGGAAAUGUUAAAAGAACCACGAAUGAUAAAAGUCUGUGCACCAAUGGUGAGGUAUAGUAAAUUACAAUUCAGAGCUCUGGUAAGGCAAUAUGAUUGUGAUUUAUGUUUUACACCUAUGAUCUUGGCUGAUUCGUUUGUUCAAUCUAAUAAAGCAAGGGAUAAUGAAUUUUCCACCAAUAAUGAGGAUAAGCCACUUAUUGUACAGUUUGCAGCAAACACAGUGCAUGAUUUCCUUAGUGCAGCAGAAAUGGUUUCUCCGUAUAGUAAUGGUAUUGACCUAAACUGUGGAUGCCCUCAGCAUUGGGCAAUGAAAAAUGGGUAUGGAGCUGAUUUACUUAAAAAACCAGAACUUGUAAAAGAUUUAAUAUAUCAAAUUCGAUCUCUGGCACCCAGUAAAAGAGGCAAACGUCCAUUGCUCUCUGAUAUAUCCAAUAAUGUAUCUGUAUCUCCAAUUCUGCCAGCAGUGCAUCAAGCAAAAAAGAAGAUUUGCCGUAAUGCCAAAGAUGUACAAAUACCAGAGUACAAAGCUCUUGAGCUUUCGGCUGAUGAUGUACAAGCAACUCAAGAAGUGAUCUCUGAACAUGAACAAAGAGUAAAGAAACUCCUUAGUAAACCUUUCAAAAUUCCAAUUCCUGGUUAUCAACUAUCAGGUCGGACUUUAGGAACACGUUUGUCUGGUCCUAGAAGACCAUUACACGAUCCUGAUGAAGCCAAUGCUCUUAUCGUUUAUUCACCACCAGAGUUAACAGAACAUGAUAGAUUGAAAAUGGAUUUGACCAAACAAUUUGUACAUGUUGUGGUCGAUCCUUUGUUAUGUGAUAUCUUAAGGCCUCAUCAACGCGAAGGUGUUAAAUUUAUGUAUGAAUGUGUGACUGGAAAACGAAUAGAAAAUGCUUAUGGAUGUAUUAUGGCUGAUGAGAUGGGUCUUGGUAAAACAUUGCAAUGCAUAACUCUUCUAUGGACUUUGUUGAAACAGGGACCUGAAGCUAAACCACUUAUAGAGAAAGCUAUCAUCGUUGCUCCAAGUUCUUUAGUGAAAAAUUGGUAUAAUGAAAUUUUUAAAUGGUUGAAAAACAGAGUUCAACCAUUGGCCAUUGAUGGUGGAAAUAAAGCAGACAUUGACGCAAAACUCAUAGGUUUUAUGAAGACUUAUGGACGCAGAUGUGCUAAUCCCAUUUUGAUAAUUAGCUACGAAACUUUUCGCUUACACGCGCACGUUCUUCAUCAAGAUGAAGUGGGACUAGUACUAUGCGAUGAAGGUCAUCGUUUAAAGAACUCAGAAAACCAGACCUAUCAAGCACUUAUGAACUUAAAAGCUAAAAGAAGAGUACUGCUCAGUGGAACCCCUAUCCAAAAUGAUCUUCUGGAAUAUUUCUCUCUUGUACAUUUCGUUAAUCAGGGACUGCUGGGAACUGCACAGGAAUUUCGGAAGAAAUUUGAAAUACCGAUCUUACGUGGCCAAGAUGCAGCAGCAACAGAUACAGAACGCAAACUUGCUCAAGAACGAUUAGCAGAGUUAGUAACCCUCGUGAAUAAGUGUCUCAUUAGACGCACCAGUGCUUUACUUUCUAAAUAUUUACCCUUGAAACAUGAACUCGUAGUUUGCGUGAAGUUGGGUAAACUGCAGACUGACCUUUAUAAAAAUUUCAUACAAAGUGACAGUUUUAAAAAAUCUAUGGAAGAAAAUGCUGAUGGGUCUAAAAAAGGGAAGAGUCUCUCCGCUUUGGCAGCAAUCACACUCUUGAAGAAACUGUGCAAUCAUCCUGACUUGAUAUACGAUAAAAUAUUACAACGAUCAGAUGGAUUCGAGAAUGCUCUGAAUUUAAUACCCCCAAAUUACAGUACUAAAGAAGUGUUACCGGAAAUGUCAGGGAAACUGAUGGUACUAGAUUGCCUGUUGGCGUCCAUUAAAACGACAACUAACGAUAAAAUUGUACUAGUAUCGAAUUACACGCAGACUCUUGAUCUCUUUGAAAAACUGUGCCACAAACGAUGUUACAAUUACGUUCGACUUGACGGAACAAUGACGAUUAAAAAGAGGUCCAAAGUGGUGGACAAGUUUAAUGACUCAAACAGCAGCGAUUUUAUUUUUAUGCUUAGCUCGAAAGCUGGUGGUUGUGGAUUGAAUCUUAUCGGUGCGAAUCGCCUGGUCAUGUUUGAUCCAGAUUGGAAUCCAGCAAACGAUGAUCAAGCCAUGGCCAGAGUCUGGAGAGACGGUCAGAAAAAACCGUGCUUCGUAUACCGAUUCCUUUCUACUGGUACGAUCGAGGAGAAGAUUUUUCAAAGACAGGCGCAUAAGAAGGCUUUGAGUUCGACAGUGGUUGACCAAGAGGAAGAUGUUGCAAGGCAUUUCACGUUGAACGAUUUGCGAGACUUAUUUAAAUUGGAAGAAAAUACUAUAUCUGAUACUCAUGCAAAGUUCAAAUGCAAGAGGUGUAUCAACGGCAUAGAAGUGAAAGGACCGCCCGAGAAUUCCGACUGCAAUUCAGACCUGUCCGAUUGGAGGCACGCUCACAAUCCGCGAAAUCUACCAGAUUUACCACUGCGUCAGUGCUGGUCAAGCGGAAUUUCCUUUGUUUUUCAUCAUCGGUCGCAUGAACAAGUCAAAUGAAAUGCCAAUUUCUUUAUCUCUCUUUACUGCCACGUUCCCGCGCGAAGGUCGCUUGGAAAGCUAGCGAAAAGCCUAGAAUUAUAAAUAAAUAGAGAAGAAGAAACCGUACAUUUCCCAAUGAAAGAAACCUAUAUUAAGCAUCAACAUUUUGUACAAACGUGUAAUUAUAAGUUUUUGUAAGCGUUAUGUAAGUGUAAAAGAAGUGGAUGUAUGAAAUCCGCAUAUAUACGAAGCGUAUAAAUAAAUCCUUGUUCAUAGAAACCUAGGAUCAUGUAUACAUUAAAUAUUUUCGU